UAGAAGAAGGAAAUUACAACGAAAGGAAAGCCUCCAUAACCUUGUGUAUAAAUAAGUUGAGAUAGUCUCCUCUUUUGACCAUUCAAGUAGAGAAGGAGAGUCAUAGUAUUCAUAUCUAAACUCAAUGAAGCUAUUUCUGGUGAUCACCCUUUUAAUUCUCUCCACUCUCCUUUAUGAAGCUCAAGGAAUAAAUAGAAAACUUAUGACAGAAACCAUCUCCACUAGUACUACAACAAGUGCUAGCACAAUCACUUACAAGAAGCACAACAAUGAAGAAAACAAAGGUCAUGACCUGAAAUUGGGAAACAAAUCUACCGAAGAUAAUCUUGCUGUUAAUUUAUCAUCAAAACACUUGAAAUACGGAAAGACCGAAGCCAACCCACCAGGCUAUGCAGAUAUUGUAGACUUAGCUGGGAUGGAUUAUUCUCCAGCUAGGAGAAAACCUCCGAUACACAAUUAAGGUUACAAAAAAUGAAUAAAUUUCAGUGUUUUUUUUGGAAGUCUAUGUAACGAAAUAUGAAGGUAGAUCAACCAAGUUUCGAGAAGACGUCAAGGAACAAAGGCAACAUUCUUCAUAUUUGAGUAAUUUGUUCAUAACUGAAUAAUAUCCUUUUAAUUUGUGAUAGGUAAAUUAGGUAUUUACGAUUAGGAAGAAAAGGUUAUGUACAUAUUACUUUAUGUUAUUAUCAUAUAGAAUUAGUUUUAGAUUAAUGCUUAUUAAUAUUUUAUAUGUUUAGAACCAUAAGCCCUUCGUGAGCUUUGUAGGCUUUUUGUGAUAAAUCUGUGAAGAUAUUAAAUAAGGUGAAAUGGAAAUAAAGUGAUUAUUUAAUAUUA